CUGAGCUACUCGGCGGGCGCGAGCGUGUGAAAGUCGCACGACUUAUGAGAGCACCUCAGCUAAUACUGGUGCCAAGGACUUAACCUGCCUUUGGAAUGAGCUUUGACAAUAAAAUGGAUUAGUUAUGCCGCAACGACAUUUCUAUUGCUCUUUCGUAAGAAACAAACAACACAUUUUUAAAGAAACUUGUCAUUUGUCUACAAGAUGCGCUUCAUUUUUAAUUUCUUCAGGAUAGCAAAUCUGCUUCUACUGUUGGCUGCUGUUUUUAUCGUUGCCUGUGCCAGUGCAACAGUCACUAAGGAUCAAGGAUCUGACCGGACAAAAAUCGAGGGAUUUCUUGAAAAAUAUGGGUAUCUGGAGCACGAGAAGACAUUGAGCCAUGACCUGCCUGAAAUUAGAGAUGCCAUUAGGGAAUAUCAGUGGCUGUCCCAUUUGCCCACCACUGGCUCACUGGACAGGGCCACUGUACACCAAAUGUCUGAGCCAAGGUGCGGUGUGACCGACAGAAAGAGCCAUGAGGCCUGGCAGGACAGAAUCAGGAGGCUCUUCUUGGGAGGUCGACAUGGACUUCAGCGGACUAAGAGAUACACCAAUCAAGGAGAGAAGUGGUAUAAGCGCCAUCUAACCUACAAAAUUGUGAACUGGCCCAAAUCGCUGUCCGAAUCUCAGGUGAAACUGGCUGUAAAGGUUGCCUUUGAACUGUGGAGCAAUGUGUCGGCUCUUGCCUUCUGGGAAGUGGAUGAAGGCCCUGCAGACAUCCGAUUGGCUUUCUACGAUGGCGAACACAAUGAUGGAAGCUCCAAUGCCUUCGACGGGCCAGGUGGUGCUUUGGCUCAUGCUUUCUUUCCCCGAAGAGGAGAAGCCCACUUUGAUAUUACAGAGCGUUGGACCCUCAACAGUCUCAAAGGGCGCAACCUCUUCAUUGUUACAGCUCACGAGAUCGGACACACACUGGGACUCGAGCAUUCCCCGGUAAAAAAUGCUCUUAUGUCACCCUACUACAAAAAGCUGGGCAAGGAUUUUGUCCUGAGCUGGGAUGACAUCAUGGCUGUGCAACAGAUGUAUGGGAAGCCUUCUAAUGGGUCACCUGUACAGCUAUCUGGGCGAAUGUUUGCUUCCUUUCUGGACUCGGUGUACAAUAAUGAUUUACAGUCUUCUGAAAUUGAGCAGUCUGCUGAAGAUCUUGCCCCUUACUGCCAAACAUUCUUUGAUGCCAUCACCAUGGAUAUGAAUCACACAGUUUACAUCUUCAAGGACAGCCUUUAUUGGUCAGUGUCCCCAGAAGGAGACGUGAGCAGCCCGCAAUACCUCCAAAAGAGGUGGCCUGGACUUCCUCCUGCUAUCGAGGCUGUCUCUGUGUCAAACACUGAUGGAAAGAUCUACUUUUUUAAAGGUGGACGGUGUUGGCGUUUUGAUGGUGGGAAUUUAGAUGAACAAUUCCCUCAAAAAAAUGGCAUUAUUGGCCUUCCCCGACACCCUGACUCUGCCUUUUAUUUUCAACCUCUUGGACAUAUGGUGGUUCUAAAAGGCCCUCGCUAUUUUGUAUUUAAUGAAGAAGCUCUUAGGGUUGAGCCCUACUACCCUAGGGGGCUAGCUGACUGGAAGGGUGUCCCUAUAAACACAAAUGGAGUCCUCACCAGGCCAGACGGUCUGCUUUAUUUUUUUAAAGAUGAUCGAUUUUGGAAGUUUGAUCCUGUCAAGCUGAAGGUGAUCAGUACUGGCCAGUGGGCCCAGGAAUUAGGGUGGACUGGCUGUAAAAUGCAAAGAGAAGAAGUGUCCAGUAAUACAAUCAACUGAACUAAAGGGAAUGAAUCUGAUACUGUAACCAAAGAAAUGUGCAAUCAGACUGUGACACACUUUCAGUUUAUUGUGCUUUUUUACUCAGUAAUUGUGUGUGUGUGUAUAUAUGUAUAUAAUUUUAUAAAGUGCUUUUUUGUCAGCACCUUUGUUAAAAGAAUUCAAAAUGAUACCCCUUUGGCCAUUGAAAAUGUGAGGGACACCAAGGCGACUGAGUUACAGCACUGUUUGGUCAAUCUGAUAAAAAAAAAAACAGAGAAUUACGGCUGCAGCAAAGUAACAGCAAUUCUUUUUUCAAUGAAAAAAGCUAUGUACUGUGUCUUUUUCAAAUACUUGCAUACACAUUGUUUUCUGAAUAUAUUCAGCCUCUUGAAAAAAUGAAAUAUUUUUAUGUUACUACUUAAAUAUUUAUCCAUCCACUCAUUUCGUGCCCAGUCAGAGUUAGCAGGACCUUGAUCCUGAAAGUGACAUAUGCAAAGCGGUUUGAUUGGAUGCCACUUAGUUGUAAGGCACAUAUACCCACACCUACAAUGCAUGCUCCCUCACACAGUAACAUUUCACAUUUGCCAAGCAAUUUUAAACCCCUAGGUGGUAACUGGAGUACCCCAAUCAGACCUUCAGAAACAUGCAGUCUACACACCUAAGGCAGCAAAGACAAGAACUGAACUGGGAUCCAUGCAUUGUUAGACAGACUUAUUACAUAUGGCACCCAGACCAUAACUUGGAGAAAGUGCCGUUAGAAGCAAUUAUUGUUUUGAGUGUCCUUCCGGAUAAACUUACCACAUCAAAUUUGGGGAUUUUGUUUUACUGUUGUUUCUUGCAAAUGUCUUUAGGCAAUGUCAGCUUUCAGGAAAGGUAGUCUUCAAGUCUUUCUACACAUUCAGAUAAUUCACAUAAGGACCUUUGCCUUUGUGUCCUGCAUUACUCUGUUUCUUUGAAAAUAUUCUGAAUGUCAUUAGCUCAGCACUUCACAUGAACCCUUUAGAAUCAUCUGUAAUGCUGUUGGAAUUUGAUCUAAAACAUGAUAUGAUCUUCAUGUAUGUCUUAAUAAUGGAUAAAGAGCAUUGGAUACACCAAAUAUCCCACACAAAAGCUUUUUGAAUGUCCAUUUAACAUAUUGAUCCAGCAUUUUACUCAGUCUGAGGGUUUAUGCCCAGGAGAAAGUAACACCUCUAUAAUUGGUUUCAAAUUAACAUUUCCUGUGCUGGAUACAGAAGCUUGCUUUGGUGGUCAUUUGGACUGUUACUGUUUACAGAUCAUAUUUUUGGAUUGUUUUAUAUAAGGAAUUGCACACUUCUGCAUUGGAUGUACAAUAACCCCUCAUUUGGUUUAAAGCUCAGCAUUUUUAUUUGCAUAUUGGUUUUAUAAAUUAUAUUAAAAGAAGUGAGUUAAAAGUCAGUCAGCCAUACAAUGCACUAUGAUAACAGAAUUAAACCCAGCAUUCCCUGCUCUGCUUGUCUAGAGAACAAGAAAUCAGAAUGUUAUUACUUGUAGAUGUUGAGGCAUCCUAAAGGUCAGCAGAGGUUCAGCAUCACUUAUUAGCUAAGAACAUUAAUAAAUAUCUCCCAUAUUCUGAAGAUAUUUUCAGUUCAGCUCCAAAAACAAUUGUUAAAAAGUUUGGGAUUAUUAUGAAUCCGAAACUGUCUCACAAAUGAAGCAAAUUAGAAAAAGACCUAAGGAUGCAACAAAAUUUGAGACAUGGGGUGGCAGGUGCCCGAUGAUAGCUUUCACAAAUUGGGUCUAUAUUUUGGAUAAUUUGAGAGAAAUGUGUGUGAUGUGUAAUUUUAAGUUGACAUUAGACCAUAUUUCAUGAAAACUGAUGGGGAUAAUAUUUUAUUGGUACCUGACUUCCAUGUAUUUUCUGAAAUUCUGAUUGAACAGUUCAGUUCUGAGCCCUGCCUCAGGGGUGCACUAUUCUGAAAAAAUGGCAAAGUCUGGAGGUGCUACUUAGGUCUUCAUUGCUGCUAAUAGUUUAAUUUCUACAGUAAAUAUUAAGAAAAGAACAGGAAAGUCAACUGGGUUUCUUUUACCAAAAUCUCUUACCUUGUAGCAUCAAAUAUGUUGGUGAAAAGAUGUUUUUGAGAAGGAGUUGAAGGUUAUAACAACAUUAUUAAUGUAUAAAUCUAUAAAGCAUUUUUGGUGUGUUAAAAAUUAUGUUGUUUAAGGUUUGCUAGAUCAGGCAAUUGUCUUUUAAAGGUGCAACAGAUGGUAGCAUCUUAGUCUUAAAACUUUUCCUGGGUUGACUCCAUAUUCCGAGCAAAUGUUGAACCAAUGGAUUUCUGCUUAGUUGGUGUUAAUUAGUAGGGUUGGUACAUGGAGUAAAGUAUAUAGAGAAGAGUUAAAGGAAUAAUCAAUUCACAAAUUACAUUUUUUACAUGUUACUUACCCCAUGUUUAAUGUAACGAUGGCCAAGAAAAACAUUUGAUCUUAUGUUUUUGUGGAGAACAGAAUAGAACCCAGUGUUGACCAAUGCGGAACAAAACCAAAAAAUAUGAAAACAUGUAUGAAAAUAUCUCACAUUACAUUGUCGCAUAAUCCACAUGUCAAGUCAUCCAGUUAUAUGCUCAGAAUGCACAAAAUGCACGUAUAGUUAAAUGAAUGCCUCCGGAAAAUGAAAGCAGUCUACAAAAUAGAAAUCCUUUCACACAGUGUCAUGCUUUUGAGUUGAAGACAAGCCUUUUGACCAAUAAAUGAGGAGGAGAGGCGGGUCUGCAAUUUAAAAGGGGCUUCCUGUUUGUGGCCUGCUGUAAUUUUCUGGUAAGUAGUAAGUAAAAUUAUUUUUGAGUGAAGUAUUCCAUUAAUAUAGAAUUUCCAGUCCUUGGCGAACUAAUCCUUUAUUUACAAGACUGUAAUAGACAAAAAUCCUAUAUAAAUAAGGUUAAACUUGAAACAUAAUAAAAUGUGAGAAAUGUCAAAGGGGGGGAGAUCAUUUAUAGAUAUUAUUGAGCACUUUACAAUUUUAAUAAGUUCACAUCUAAAAUGUGAAUCUGGAAAAAACUACCUUGUUUGUCUCUGUGUAGCAUUGAUUGCUGAAAUUGGUUAAUUUGACAGCAUCAUGUUGUCAUGUUAUCGUGUUUUCCUGCUUUUAAUUUAACAAACAUUAUCAAAGGAGGGAAUGUCAGGUUAUUCCAUUUUUUGUAGCUUUCUACUUUGGAUACAGUCUGCCUUUUACACUUUUCAUUAGGGUGAUUGUUAUUAUGUAAUAAACAUAAUUUGUUCUGAAAGUGUAACUUCUGGAUAAAACAUAAGAACUAAUGAGUUUUUUGUGGUUAACAUUUGGAAUCACAUAGAACUCAACAAGUAUAUUUAAUAUAGUAAUCGUUAAUAUAUUUUGCAAUAAAGUUUCAAAACAUGCAAUAUUUUUGUCUCUAAUUGGUACCACUUUCUUGAAUUUCACUGUUCUGGAUGUACUGAAAGGGCUGUUUAUGUCGCCUUUGGCACAGUACAAUUAAAACAGACCAUCAGAAAUAACUGAAGAGACAAAAUCAUUUUGAACAAGUGGGGUUGUCCUUCGUUACUGUGGUUGCCUUCACAUGGCCUUCUUUGUACUAAAUAAAUAUUUAUUUAGUACAAUGACAUGCAAUCCAAAAUGGCCAGAAAUCCGCAGAUUUUUGAGAACAUUGUCACCGGCCAAAGCGGCUCUGGAUAUUCCCACUUUCGUAAGUAGAUUGUUCUAGCAGAAAAGUAUAAUUCUUAUUGAAUGAACUCGAAACGGUGUUUGGUCAAAUCAGAGCAUACAUUU